UUGUUGUGACUUUAUCGUCAGCUCAUGGCCCCUCAAUCACGCAAGCAUUCGCACGUUAUAAAUAUCAUCCAUUAAUAAUCCAUCGAGGAAUAGAUUAGGAGGCGGCAAUUAAUACUUUCCCAGAAAUUAUGUCAGCCAAGAAGAUCGUGUUGAAGGUGAGCAUCAUGUGCAACAAGUGCGCAGUGUACGUGAUGAGCACCAUCGCCAAGUUCGACGGCAUCACGUCGGUGGUGUUGGACAAGGACAAGAGCACUGUCACCAUCGUCGGGACCGUCGACGCCGUGCUCGUCGUGAAGGCCCUCAGGAAGGCCAAGAAGCUGGCGGAGAUCGUCACGGUGGGGCAGCCAGACAAGCCGGCGGAUGACAAGAAGCCGAGCACCGGGAAGAAGCCGGACGAUGCCGAGGAGAAGCCAGAGCUAUGCAAAGAUCUGCCGCCGUACUGCAAGGUCUGCACUUACGUGGUGUAUGAUGAUUACCAGCCAAAUCUAUGCAUCAUUAUCUAAUUGUAUAAAUGCGAUAAGGGAUUAAUUCUCGACGGAUUCCCAUGUUAUGUUUUCGGGAAAAAAAAAUCCUUCCACCCCUAAUUAACUUAGCGAUCAACUAUAAGCUUACUCUGAGUUUUAUCUCCUUUUACAUAAUUUGAGAACGGACUGUA